UUUGUGUUAUCUUGCAGGUUAUACUACCCAGAGUUAGUGUAUCAUCUCAGACAAAAAAUUUACUGGUUUCAGAAAGUGGAUGACUGCUCACAGGAAGUGGAAGACUACUCACAGAAGCUGGGCAUCUGCUCACAGAAAGUGAAUGGCAAGUCCGUAGAAUUGGAACAUUGUGAGAGGAAACUACUGAAUGAUGUAAAGGGAAGAAAAGCUGGUCUGAAUGCCAUCACGUCUUGGCUUGCUCCAAUCAUCUGGGAUGGACUAUAUGAUUUAAACACUUUAAAUGAACAACACAAGGACACCAGGAUAGGACUGUUUGUAUUUGCUGUAAAAAAGUACAUCCGGUUUCUUGGUCCACUCCUGGAAUCAGCAGAACGUUUCUUCAUGGUUGGCCAUAAUGUUACAUAUUAUGUUUUCACUGACAAAGUCGAUGAUGUAGUUAAGCCCAAAAUGGGUGAAGGUCGAAUUUUGAAGUUUCAUGAAGUGUCCGCCGACAAGCGAUGGCAAGAUGUGUCCAUGCGACGAAUGGAAAUCCUGACUGUCAUGACAAAGGAGCAGAUGCCAAAUGAGAUUGACUACUUGGUAUGUGCUGAUGUGGACAUGGUCUUUAAUGACCACAUGGGAGUGGAAAUCCUUAGUGACCUAUUUGCCACACUGCAUCCAGUAUUUUUCCUUUCUGAACCACAAGCAUUUACAUAUGAGCGACGGCCCAUUUCCGAUGCUUAUAUACCUUUUGGUAAGGGAGACUUCUAUUAUAUGGCAGCGUUGUACGGUGGGAAGGUAGAAGAAGUUCAUAAGCUUAGCAUGGCUUGCCAAAAUGGGAUCAAGAAGGACAAGAAAAAGAACAUAGAAGCCAUUUGGCAGGAGGAGUCCCAUCUCAACAGAUAUUUGGUAUACAAUAAACCUACCAAAGUGCUUUCUCCAGAAUAUAUUUGGGACACAGAUUUGCCCCAUGGUGAACUAAUAAAAAGGAAGAGAUUCAUAGCAGUACAUAAAAACCACGUGGAAGUAAGAAACUAA